AUGCUUACCACUGUUCUCGCUGUUUCAGCUCUGGCUGCUGGUGUCCAUGGCCAUGGAUACCUCAUUGAGCCCAUGAGUCGCGUGGGACUCAACGCUGAGGCUGGCCCCGACACAUGCCCCGAGUGCACCAUCCUCGAGCCCGUCCCCGCGUGGCCCAACCUCGACGAGGCCACCGUCAGCCGCAUGGGCGUGUGCGGCUACAACGCCCGCGUGAGCGUCGACUACAACCAGCCCGGUCCUAACUGGGGCGCCUCCCCAGUGCAGACCUACAAGGCCGGCGAGACCAUUGAGGUGCAGUGGUGCAUCGACAACAACGGCGACCACGGCGGCAUGUACACGUACCGCCUCUGCCAGGACCAGGCCAUUGUCGACAAGUUCCUCGACCCGGACUACCUGCCCACCGAGGCGGAGAAGCAGGCGGCCGAGGACUGCUUCGAGCAAGGCGUCCUGCCCUGCACCGACGUCGACGGGCAGGCGUGCGGCUACAGCCCGGACUGCGCCGAGGGCGACCCCUGCUACCGCAACGACUGGUUCACGUGUGAGAAGUUUGGCGAGGGCGGCUGCAUCGCCGUCGACGGCGCCCCCAUCAACUCGUGCUACACGUCCAUCGCUGGCGGCUACACUGUCACGGACCGCGUCCGCCUGCCCGACGACUUUGUUGCCGAGCACACGCUCCUCUCUUUCAAGUGGAAUGCCUUCCAGACGCCGCAGAUCUAUCUGAACUGCGCGGACAUUGCCAUUACCGCGUGA